AGAGUAACUAGAUACCCAGAAGCAAUUCCCAUGCACAGUAUUUAAUACAGUACUAAAGCAAUUCUUAAAGCUUUAACCAAGUUUAUCUCUUGCUUUGGCAUUCCCAAAUCUAUUCAAAGUGAUCAAGGUACUAACUUCAUUGAAAAAGCCUUUAGGGAAACUUUGACUAGGCAAGGGAUAAUUCACAACUUAUUCACUGCCUAUCAUCCUCAGUCCCAAGGCGCCUUAGAAAGAUUCCGUCAGACGUUAAAAACCAUGAUGAGAACUUUUUGUAUGCAUUUUCCAACAGACUGGGAUGAAUCACUACCUUUGUUGUUGUUUUCAGUAAGGAAAACUGUGCAGGAGUCUGCAGGGUAUAGUCUGUUUGAGCUGAUCUUUGGGCACAAUGUACGAGGUCCUUUUCAGGUGCUCAAGGAAGGAUGGAUGGGAGAAGACGUUAGCUCAACACUCUACAACCCUUCUUCAAGGCUGCAAGUGGCACGUCAGUUAGCCAAGGCUAACUUAAAGGCAGCUCAAAACAAGAUGAAACAGAGGUUGAUGUUUGUGAGUCUGGGGUUGGGGCAGUACUUUUGCAAGCAGGGAACAAUGGGUUGCAGCCUGUGGCUUACUACUCGGCCAAGUACCAGCCGCACCAGAGGGCCUACUCUACAAAUGAAAAAGAGCCCUCGCUCUGGUACUGGCCUUGGAGCACUUUGAUAUAUAUGUGGGCCAGACUUCACAAGUGGUCACAGUCUACACUAACCACAACCCUCUAAUUUAUCUUCAGCAUAUAAGGAAUCACAAGAAUAAUGAGGUGGACCAUCAAGCUGCAACCUUAUAACAUAUGUAUUAACCCUUUCAGGGUCCAAGGCCCAAAUCUGGAGUCACGCACCAGUGUCCAAGAAUUUUCAAAAAAAAAAUUUUUUAUUUUUUCUUAUGAAAUCAUAGAGAAUCUUUUUGUGAAGGUAAUAAAACAAAAAGUACGAAAUUUGGUGGAAAAUUGACGAAAUUAUGCUCUCGCGAAUUUUGAUGUGUCAGCGAUAUUUACGAAUCGGCGAUUUUGCCGACUUUGACUCCCAUUUUAGGCCAAUUACAUUAAUCCAAUCAACCAAAUUCUUAGCUAUUUCACUAGUAUUACUUCUAUUCUAUCGACUGAGCACAAGAAAUCGCCAAGUCAACUGUUUCAACUACAAAAUAAAGUGAUCGGAAAUUGUUAAUUUGGCCAAUUUAACACAAAAUUCAAAAUAUUCCAAUUUCAAAAUAGGGUCCAGAAUGAACAAUGUAGGCAUUCCUAGCACUAAACUAACAUUUCCUCUGUUCAUUAGUUAUGUUUUGAGGCUUUACAAAUAAAUUCCAUUUUGAUUUUUUAUUCACAUAAUGAAUUUUUAUUCACACCAAAAAAUAGAAGAUUUACUGUUAUGCAAUACUGUAAUAAUUGUAUAAAUAUCAUCACCAUAUUUGUGAAUGUAUAUUAGACCCACCAGCUGACGUGUAUUAGACGUGUGAGGUCGUUUGUUUACUCUUGAAUAUCGGCAAAAAUUUAACAUUUCCGCUACUUUGAGCUCAGUUUCAAGCCAUUUCCAAUGCUAAAACCAAUCAAAAUCAUCUCUAUUUCUGUAAUAUGUCUUCCAUUCUAUCAAAUGAGACCAAGAAAUCGCAAAUACAACUAUAAAAAACAUACGAAAAAACACUGCAAAGUUGCUGUUUUAAUCGAAAAAUCAUGAUUUCAUUUUUUCUCUCUCAUUAUACACAGUGUGCUGCAGGAUCUGUUUUAUGUGGUGCACACAUACCACAUAGAUGUAUUCUCUCAUAUCUAGGCCCAAAUGUACCACUCACAGUUUAUCAGAGUGAGCUGAGCUCAUGGCGUAGAUCUACGGUUUGG